AGCUUGAUGGUUAUUGAUGCUUCAUUCUGGCUCUAUUGCUGUUGUCUGUCUAGGAUGGAGGAUCAGGACAGGGUCAGUCAGGCCUCCAGCAGUGCCACAGUGUCCUUUCUGCCGAUCAGAGACAAGUGUCAUGAAAAAGUGCAGGAGUUUGGAAAGAGGUGUCAAGCGGCGAAAAGAGACCCCAACUGUCCUGUGGUGAUCAGAGGAUGGCUGUACAAGAGGGACAGCACUGGACUGAAAUUGUGGAAAAGAAGAUGGUUUGUUCUCUCCAAUUACUGCCUGUAUUAUUAUAAAGACAGCCGUGAGGAGUCUGUCCUGGGCAGUAUUCCUCUUCCCAGCUACAGGAUUCUCUACUGCUCCCCUAGAGAGUGCAGGAACCGGAAAUAUGCAUUCAAAGUUGUUCAUCAGGGGAUGCGGCCGUACAUCAUGAGUGCUGAAACCCAGGAGGACAUGUUGGGUUGGGUCAGGGCUCUCAGCCAAUCAGCAAGCAUGGAGGCUGAUGACAUCAUCAACAGACGCUGUGCCAGUUUUCAGGACUUCACUCAGAUGGGAGAUAACGCUGAAACCAUGGAGCUCCAGCACACGGCCAUGUUUCCAGAACGAAACGCCCAGACCGCAACAAAACUGAGCAGGGCGCAGACAGAGCCGACUCUACUGGAUCAAGACAUGAUGGGAAUUCAAAUGAAGACACCAGAGCUGAGAGGAAGACAUGAGAACAGACCAAUCGCACAUGAAGCUACUGAGUAUUCUCAGAGUUUGCUGAACGCAGAUAAGGAACGUCUUUCCUUCCUACAUCCGAAGGCAACCUUCAAGCAACCUUCACGUCCCAGAGAUCAGUAUGGGUCACCGUGUCACGGUAAUAUGGGCAGAGCAGACGUUUGGCCCUUGGAUAACUGCUCGAGUGCUCCAAUGUCACCCUGCAUCUACACAGAGAGAGGACAUCUGCUCGACAAGCCAGAGUUUCCAUGUUCUGUGUGUUACUGUUCCAACUACCACAUGGCAGAACACAUGGCAAUGUGCAAGGCAGGUAAAUCAGACAUCGUCAUAGAGAGAGAAAUACAACCAAUCAGAGAUCUGGAAAACGAUACAGAUGUGGUUCUCACUCAUCUGUGUGGUUGUGACAAACUGCUGCAGUUCGUCUCUAUGCAGCUGGCUCAGUUACAGGCAGAUAAGAAAAGCAUUGAGUAUGCUUUAGAAAUCAAAUGGCUGGGGAUGGAAGACGGACUUCCUGGAGAGCUGGAAGUAUCCCAGAAGACUUUGCUUCAGGAGGAGCUGGUUACACUCAGAGCCAGAAUAUGUGAUUUGUCAUCGGAGAUGGACAGAUUGUGGAGUGAUUAUGAACGGAUGGAGAGCGAGCUGUCCAUUUUCCAUUCUCAUCUCCAACACAUCCUUCACUUCGGAACGCCACAGGAACAGAUUCAGGCACAGAAGCAGCUCUGGAUGAUGGAGGAUAUCUUGUGCGGUUUGAGGGUGAACAAGAACCGCUUUAUGGCUUUAUUGGGUCUACAGAGACAGGGUGCUCCUCAGCCAAAACCUGUUUCCUACUUUGAGGGCGAGUUAGGAGGUCUCAACAUGGAUUGUAUGACCGAAGUGGAGCAGCAGGAGUACAUGAAGAUUCACCAGAGUUACAAGAAAUGGGCUCAAGAGAGUACUGCCAAUGACAGCAUGACGAGUGCUGAACAUGAAGCCUUACAUGAACCACUGCAUCUGACACGUGUUGUGACGUCUACACUUCCGACAUCACUAAUUGCAGAGCGCAUUUUUGUGGACGACCCCUAUCCUGAGCCGCCCAAACAAAUCCUGCUGCAGUCAGGACUGAGGAACAGCCAGAGGAGAGCAGCAAAGAAACCCAGCAGAACUCUGCAUGAGACGACUGACAAAAACAGACACUUACACUGGGCCGAAGGACCAGAAGAGAUGCAACAAAAGAAACUGGCUCAAAAUCACAACAGCAGUGCCAGAGAGAAGGCACUGGCUGACAGAAAGGUCUGGACACACCGUCAGCAAGAGCUCGAGCCUGGAGCCUUGUGCCUUACAAACUCUGAGUCUGACUGCGACGCUGCCAUGAGCUCUCAGAAACGUCAAACUAAACCCAGACACAUGGAUAAAAGAGACAGAAGCAUGAGUGCUGCCAGAGAGCAGAUAGACGACAUUCAUCCCUUGAAACUCAUUACAGCCAGUGAAAAGGAGACAGAUAUCCAGAAGUACACAGCAGAUUCUACUGUUGUACACUUGAGCAACGGCUACAGCGGUGAUAGACGCAAAUUUAAAAGCCACAGCACUGAGUCGGCCAACCCAAUAAUGCCUCAAUAUGGUGACACAAAUGCGCACAAUGAAUUAAAGGACAAAACAUCACAACAAUCAUCUUGCAAUGACAUCAUUGUCAUAGAAAGCCACUCCAUCAAUCAUAUUUCAACUCUUACAGUGUUUAAGGGACAUCAGGAAAACAAUCAAACACACAAACCUCAUAAAAAGAACAGAAGUUCUGACCGACAAAAGUAUUCAGUCACUAACGUGAAAUCUGAGUGUUUUUUGUCAAAUAACCGACAGUGCGAGUUAGUCCCGGUUUACGGUCAUGAUACAAAACCUCAAGAAUCUCUCCCUCCAGUGGAAAAUCAACAACUAGACCAGGGAACCAAUCAAACGCUUGAUAUACCAGAGGGAGGAGACUGUGGGUGGAGCCAAAGUCCCAAAACAACAUUGGAAAUGGCAAAAGCUAAUAGAAAAAAAGAAAUGCCCAAUCAAUCACCAGACACUCAACCAAUCACAUCGUCUGACAAUCAAUUGACACCCACUUCUGACCAAUCCAAACCGGAGCUAUGCAUUUAUGAGGAAAUCCAGUUUAGUUCAUCAGCAGAUGUUGAAGAGGAUCAAAAGAAUCAAACCAGUGCAGACGAAACACGACCAGUAAACAAAUCUGGACCGUCUCACACUGAGGUCAAUGGGGAGUACAGUACAAAAAAUACAGAGAAAAGUCAACCAGGAUGUGAUAUUAUGUGCAAGAGAGGCAAAAAGCAGAACGUUUACAGCUCUUUAAUGAAAAGCUCAGUAAUAAACCAUCAUGUCCAGGACUGUCGGCCACGGAUAACCGUGGUCAGCACCAGCCUGUAGACUAGAGAGAGCCUGCAGAAGGUGUGAGUGAAAGAAGCAAUAAGACACAAAAAAGAGGGAAGAGUUGGAAUAUCUUAAGUGGAUAGAAAGUAAAUGGUAAGAUAAAAGUAUUAAAAAGGGAAUUGAAUCCCUGUUGCCUUCAGAAAAGCUUCGAUCCUUAAUGGAAUAUAAUUAUGUGCUGAUCUAUGUCCGGAGAUCCUGUCUGAUUAGGGAUGAAGAAAACUAUAUUUCAUGUGAAACUCAUAAACUGCAGUUUUAGCUGAGAAUGGGUGACAUUGGUGCUGAUUAAACACUGUGGUCAUUUUUGUGUCAUUUAGCAACUGUCAUGAGAAGAAUUCAUAAUUUUUAUACAUGCACACUAAAUUUCUUUGACUACCAAGAUAAUACCUCUAACUGCAUACAAACUCUUAAGGUUAAUAAUUAACCUGGAAAUACUGUAUUACGAACAUUUCUACAUGUGCAUUAAUCAGUUUUCAGCUUUGUGAUUUGUUUGACCAAUGAUAGUCUCAUAUUGUAAACACAUCUGUGGCUUAUUAAUCGCAUUCUGUGAUUUUGCCAAGUAUGACAAUGUUCCUGGAUCACCAACAUCCUUGUUCGACUUCCUAUAAACAGACAGAUUUUAAAGGGGUCUAAAAAGAACAUUAUUUUGUGUAUUUGGUG